CGACAAGUAACACCCCCCCUACACUUUCCGCAAAGGUCGAGAGUUUUCCGAUGUCGUUUUCAUGCAUUGCUUCGACAACAAAGCAAUGAUGAACGAGCAAGUUGUUUCAGCACGUUGUUUUACACUUUUAUGAGUCAGAGAAGCAAGUAAUGGUGGUUGGCAUAGACGACAGCGAGCACAGCUCGUACGCACUGAAAUGGACUCUUGAUCACUUCUUCCCCAACCCAAUGUUCAAGCUUGUUCUUGUCCAUUCGAGGCCUUCUGCUACUUCUGCUGUUGGCCUCGCUGGCCCUGUGUAUGCAGGAGCUGCUGAGGUUUUGCCUAUUGUGGAUUCCGAUUUGAGAAAGAUUGCAGCCAGAGUUGUCGAAACUGCUAAACAACUCUGCAUCAAGAAUUCCGUAAAUGAUGUAAUAGCGGAAGUGGUGGAAGGUGAUCCUAGAAAUGUUCUUUGUGAAGCUGUGGAGAAGCACCAUGCUUCAGUAUUGGUGGUGGGUAGUCAUGGUUAUGGGGCAAUAAAAAGGGCGGUUUUAGGUAGUGUAAGUGACUAUUGUGCUCAUCAUGCUCACUGCACUGUGAUGAUCGUGAAGAAGCCAAAGACCAAACACUGAUUUACAUUGGCUGCGUCUAUAUAGUACAGCAAUAAACACAGUCCUUUUAGUAAAAAAAGAAAAAAAAAGAAAGAAUAAUGUUCUUAGAAAAUAUGUAACUUUGUAUAAUUUGUUCUAUGGCUUGUUGGCUUUAUAGUUUAUAACUUCUUAUUUUUAAAGAUGGAACCAUCAGAAAAUAAGUUAGUGUUGGAGUGUUCCCCCUUACCAGGGGCCUUAUUUACUUCUUCCAUGAGAAAUUCUUGUAUUGAUGUGUUUCCAAUUACUGCUGUUUACUUCUUUUCCUGACAUAAAAUAAAAAUUGCUGUUCUUUGUGUUAAUAA